AUGAGUGUUCUGAUUGUUGCUUCUCUGUUUUUUGUUACCGUUUACAUCGUACACUUUUACUGGAAAGUCAGAAAAUACCCUAAAGGACCAUUUCCAUUACCACUGAUCGGGAAUCUUCUGCAGUUUCCUGGUGAAAACAUCCAUAUCUACUUCGAUGACUUGGCCAAGGAGUACGGCGACGCUUUUAUCCACAGAGCUGACAUUCCAUCUGAAACACUAUUGCAACCUCAUAAAAAUACCGGAGUGGUGAUGUCAAGCGGAGAGAAUUGGGUGCUUCAAAGAAGAACAUCGUUGAAAAUUCUUCGGAAUUUCGGGAUGGGAAAGAACUUGAUGGAGGACCAAGUGAUGAGAUCAGUUCAUGAACUUCUAGCUCAGCUGGAAUCAAUUGAAGACAAGAAAAAUGUGGAUAUGUUUUGGCCGAUUCAACUUUGCGUCGGGAACGUCAUUAAUGAAAGUCUUUUUGGAUACCAUUACAAGUAUGAAGACUACGAAAGGUUCAAAACGUUCGUGACAAUUGUGGAUACUCAUUUGAGAAGUUUGCAAAGUCGUGCUUCACUUCUGAUCGCCGCGUUCCCAUGGUUUCGACAUGUUCCAAUAAUUGGAGAGAGCGGGUAUUAUGGUAUUAAGAGAAAUGUGAAGAAAUAUCAAAAAUUCAUCGACGAGGAAGUCGCGAGUCAAGUCAAAGAUUAUGAUGGAGGGAGUGACCCGGAUAACUUUGUUCACGCUUACUUACAACAAAUGGAACAAACUGGAAAUCCGGGACUAGACAUGAAAAACUUAUGCGCAUCUGUUCUCGACUUCUGGGUAGCUGGAAUGGAAACCACUUCGACCACACUUCGCUGGAGUCUGGCCUACAUGAUGAAGUAUCCGGAGAUUCAAGACAAAGUCCGCAAACAAAUAUUCGAUGUAGUCGGAAUGUCGAGGCUUCCCUCAAUGUCUGACAAGCCAAAUAUGCCGUACACACAAGCGGUUAUCCAUGAGAUUCAGAGACAUUCGAGUAUGAUUCCGCUGCUAGCGUCCCAUACAAAUAUUGAAGAUAUUGUUCUGAAAGGACAGACAAUACCGUCUGGAACCAGGGUUUUUGCCCAACUCUGGUCAAUUCUGAAGCGUGACUCCAUUUUCGAGGAAACCGAUAAAUUCAAUCCGGAUCGAUAUCUACUACAAGACGGUGAAACCAUGAACAAGGGUGUCCUCGAAAGAACAAUUCCAUUCAGUAUCGGAAAGAGAAGCUGCGUUGGGGAGGGGUUAGCCCGUUUGGAAUUGUUUCUGAUCUUCAGUGCAAUGAUGCAACAGUACGAGUUUGUGCCGAAUGGACCAAUCGAUUUGACGCCAGUCUAUGGAGGUGCACUCUCUGCAAAACCGUACACAUGCCAUGUUAUCCCUCAAACAGCAUAG